AUGGAGAAGAAGAUGGCCACCUCAGCCCUCGUCCUCCUGGUGGCCGUCCUGGCUGUGGGCCACCUGGGUGGAGAGGUGGAAGCCCAGCAGGUUCUGUGCAACGUAAGCCAGGAGGGGCUGUUGGCCUGCAAGUCCGCCGUGACGAGGCCGAACCCGGCGAUCCCCUCGUCGGCGUGCUGCGCCGCCGUGGCCAACGCCGACCUCCAGUGCCUCUGCAACUUCAAGAAUACCAACCCUGGGGCGAUGAGGUUCAUGGGGAUCGACCCAGAACUCGCCAUGCAGCUCCCCAACAAGUGCAGCCUCCCCACGCCGGUCAAGUGCUAG